AUGGAGAUCCAGAUGCAUCCAGAGGCAGAGCUCUGUUUUCCAGAGCUACUGAACAGUUCCUGCAGGAAGCCAACACUUCACUGGUCCAAAACGGUGCUCCUGAACGUUGGGCUUUCGUCCAUCUCUCUGAUCACUGCUGCUCUUAAUCUGUUCAUCAUCAUCUCGGUCUCCCACUUCAGGCAGCUCCACACUCCCAGUAACAUCAUCAUCCUCUCUCUGGCUGUCUCUGACUUUUUUGUCUGUUUUUUGUUGAUGCCGGUAGAAAUCUUCAAAAACACAGCCUGCUGGGUAUUUGGUGAUCUCAUGUGUUCACUUUAUACUUAUCUGAGCUGCAUUCUUAUCAAUGCUUCGUUUGAAAUGAUUAUUCUCGUAUCAAUUGACCGCUAUGUGGCUAUUUGUGACCCUCUGCAUUACCCCACCAGAAUCACUGUGCCGAGAGUCAAACUCUGUGUUUUUCUGUGUUGGUUUUAUGCUAUUUUGUACAACAUCAUCUAUACAAAGCAUGCCCUGAUAAACCCAGGCAGGUAUGGUUCCUGCUAUGGAGAGUGUGUUUUUGUUGUUGAUGAUAUUAUUGGAAUUGUUGACUUUGUUGUAUCUCUUAUAGUUCCAGUUACGAUCAUCGUAGUUCUGUAUACGAGAGUGUUUGUGGUGGUUGUGUCUCAGGCUCGUGCCAUGCGCUCUCAUGUUACAGCUGUUACACUUCAGCGUCCACUGAAUCAAGCAAACAAAUCUGAGCUGAAAGCAGCCAGGAACCUUGGGAUUCUUGUAGUAGUUUUUCUGGCGUGCUACUGUCCAUUUUACUGCUACUUUUUUCUUGCAGGCAAUGAAGUUAAUGCUUCUUCUGCAUCUUCUAUCCUCAUUGUUUAUUAUUUUAACUCUUGCCUAAACCCAUUAAUGUAUGCACUGUUUUACCCCUGGUUUAGAAAUGCUGUUAAACUUAUCAUCACUCUGCAGAUAUUAAAGGCUAACAGCAGUGAGAUCAACAUACUACAGAGAUAA